UUCCUCCUUGUUCUGGUGACCUGGGGAAAGCACCUGGGGAAUGUGAAGGGCCUCAGGUAGGUGACUGAUGGCCGCCUCCUGACUUUAGCCUCUCCUUCCUCUCUCAGUUUAUCUUAAAUGUCAGCCAAAAGGUGCCCUCCACCUACUCGUGUACACAGUCAGCCAGGUGGUCGCUCCUUUCCACCUCUUACUCUUUCGCAGUCCACAUACUGCAAUUUAAAAGUUAUCAGAUAUCAGGCUUACUGGUGUCUCUCCAGCUCAGAAACUACCGAGUGUUAUAAAAGAAGGUACCACCUUUUUAUAGGAAGGCUCUUGUCAGCUUUACAGUCAGCAUAGCUGAAGACAGAACUCAGCGCUUUUAAAUUAAGAACCGAGAAAGAUGCUUCCUCCAGCCCCACUGACUUCACAAAGGUCACCCUCUGAUCCCCCUGUUGGGGCAUGCCAGGACGCUGGGUUCCAAGUCACAGUCCUGCUGUACACACAUCCCCUUGAUGUCAAGGAAUGUAAGCAGGUUUUUUUUGGAGGGGUACAGCCAUGAUUAGAACCUGUCCCUAAAUGCUAAAUUCUUCCAGUCUUUAUAUAGUGCAAGAAGGUGUUUGAGUACUGCUGAUUUUUUUUUCUCUUCUGAAAUUAAAAAUAAGGAGCACAGAUGGUUGAGUCUCAGGAGAGCGUGGAUGCCAGCACAAGGGACAUUAAUUACCCUAAAGAUGAACCUGUCUGCUCUGAGGAUGACCUUUUUCAGACUGCACAAGAAAUAACAGAUAAUGAAGCUCUGGAGAAUGAAGCUCUGGAGCAUGAAGGUCUUUUUCCCACAUACAUCACAGACAGGAUAUUUUUUAUUGAUUUGGCCAAUAAGCAACUGCAAACCAUCUCACCAGAGGUCUUCAGUCUAGAGUGUCUGGAGGAGCUGCAUGUAGAAAAGAACCUAAUUGUGAGCAUCCCCAGAGCCAUAAAUCGCCUGAGGAACAUGAAGGUUCUCUACUUGGAUCAGAAUCACAUACAGGACAUAUGUGAAGAACUGGGGGAGCUGAAACAUCUUCUGAGCUUAGAUUUAAGUAACAAUCCCCUCUCUUACAGUUCACUGCUGGUUAUCAGCAACUUGCAGUCCCUUCGUCAACUCAGGCUCUACAAAACCAACUUGCAGGAAAUCCCAGUGCAGAUCUGCAAGUACCUCCAUCAUGUUGAACUGCUUGGCCUUUCUGAUAACAAUCUACAGUGUCUGCCUAAAGAAAUAGCAAACCUGACAAAACUCAAGGAAAUUUACCUCAGAAGAAAUAGAUUUGAAAUUUUCCCCGUUGAGCUUUGUCAAAUUGCUAAUUUAGAAAUAAUAGAUCUGGAAGAAAAUCUAAUCAGUGUCAUCCCACAAGAGGUAGGUUUGUUGACAAACUUAGUUAAGCUAUUUUUAGCUUUUAAUAAGUUAUCCUCUAUUCCUCCUACACUGCAAUACUGCCAGAAGCUGGCUGUGCUGGAUCUGUCUUACAAUCUCCUGCGCAAGCUUCCCCCAGGUUUGAAGAACCUCACAGAAAUGAUAGAUCUCAAAUUGUCUGGUAACAGCCUGGAGAAGUUCCCAUACCAGAUGCGCUGCUGGACAUCACUUUCCCGUGUGUAUCUGAGGAACACUGGACUGCACACGGUACCCAUCUCCUUCACCAGAUUAACCGGUGUCAGGGUACUAGAUCUGAGUGAAAAUUGCUUUGAUGAAAUUCCUAAAGGAAUAUGCACUAUGAAAAGCCUGGAAGUAUUGUCUCUGGAUGACAAUCAAAUACAGCAGAUACCAGUGGAAAUGCAAGAACUGACAAAUUUAAAAUGCCUUGGCCUGUCUGAAAACCAGUUCAGUAUCUUUCCAAUGGAAAUCUUUCUCCUGGAAUCAUUAGAGAGGUUAUACCUGGGACAAAAUAAAGGAAUUAAAUUCACAAGUCUGCCAGGAGACAUCAUCAAAUUGCAGAAUCUGAAAGAACUGUAUAUGGAGAAUAACUGUCUGGAAUACCUGCCCCCAGAGGUCGGCUCAUUGACCCACUUGAAAAUACUUGACUGUCACAACAAUCUUCUUAAGGAGCUCCCAGAGUCUAUAUGCCAGAUACAAGGUUUGCAGAAGCUGCUCCUUCAGAACAAUCAGCUGUCCCAGCUGCCCGAGGAUUUGGCCAGCCUGCAGCAGCUGGAGGUGGUCCUAGUGGACGGGAACCCUAUGACAGACCCUCCGAUCGAAGUGUGCUGUCAGGGGACAUCUGCUAUCUUGGAGUACUUAGAGGAACAAAAGCGUAAAAAAGCCAUGGUCGUGAAGAUCCAAAAUCUGUGGCAUGGGUUGAUGACCAAGAAGGGGAUUGGAGCUCUGUUGACACUGAAGAGUCUAGCAAACAAAAAAAUGGAAAAGAAAGGAAAAGAAAAAGGAAAAGAGAAACCUGGAAAAAAAGCAAAAACCAAAAAAUGAUCUUUGUGCAGUAACUGGAACAGAACUCUUCUCAUUUACAAGAGGAGCAAACGUGAGCAGAGAUUAAGUGAGUAGGAGACAAGCAGUAGUAUUAAAGCAUUUCAAUCAGUGAGUGUUACAAUUAAAAGUGUUUUGUUUUUGUUUUUCGGCUUGUUUUAGUUCUUUUGUCAUCAUUUGCUACAGCUGAAUCUGGAGAUAUCAAAUCUGCUGAAAUAUUUAGAGAUUUCUCAUUCUGAAUACAUUAUCUCAAAGCAUAGGGACAGAUGAUUAACUGGAAAUAAAUCUA